GAAAUAAAAUCUUAAAAAUCAAACAUCGAAUUGAAAGCAAUGUUUCCUUAAGUUUAUGCAGGAAUGCUUAAAAAUAUAUUUACUAACUAUUCAUAAAGUUCUACUAUUUGUUUUACAAAGUUAAACUAUCAGUUAGGGUCCUACAUGUUUAGCGCCAGCGAGAAAACUCAUGACAGCAGGAAGUCCUGAAUGUGAAGUGUUAAACACCUUAUAGGUAGGGGGCGGCCCGGUGGUGCAUGUGAUAAACGGCGCCAGUUCACACGACCGGACCGGGUUCAAAUCCCAUCUGGACCGACCCCCCGUAGCAAGGACUGACUAUCCGGCUACGUGGUAAAAAUAAGUCUAGUAAGCCAGAAAUGGCCGGCGUGACCUGUAAGGUCGUUAAAGCUAAGAAGAGAGAGAGAGGUAGGGUUGCAAUGUCCUCAAAGUUUUCUAAAAUCGACUCCGACUUUUGAGAUUGUUAAAGAAAAGUCUCGAAUGUUGAUCAUGACGCACUUGAAGAUGAUAAGUAAAAUGUCCAGACAUUGUUGCACACGUUCACUAGUUAAAAAGUGGAGUAGAGUAGAGUUUUCUGCGUACCAAGAAAACCUGAAUUGCAAUACUUUUUUCACAACCGACAACCUGCUGCGAACGGUAAAAACCCCUGCGUUAACCUAAGGCAACGCGGCAACCACACAAACAACGAUGAAACGAAACAUACGCCAGCUAUUCCCUAACAACAUUUUCAGCACAAUCACUAGGCUUUUGUUUAUAUCUAACCUCAAUACAGCAUAGCGCAUAUAGAUAGCAUACUCGGUGUCCUGGUGUGCGCGGCCAGGUCUGCUGCUGCACCCUGUCUUCUUCGCUGCAAACCCCAGAGACGCCGGGUACGCAAGUGGAAGCGGGAUAGCACCGUCAGACUUUUCCCUUGGGGCUGGGGCCGAUUUUCAAUCAUAAACAACCGAAACCCAAACUUCCCCGGUCGACCGGGGAAGGGUGUACAGAGUGCGGGAUUUCACCAUUCAAGCAUAUUCACUCUCUCUCUCUCUCGCACAAAACAUACACAAAUACACCCUUCGCAUCAGGAGGAGGACAUCAAAAUUUAAGCCAGUGUUGAGGCGCACGUUUGGGAAAGAAAUUACACGCCGAAAGCAGUCGCAAGGAUCACGUCGCCGAGUUCGGAUGUGCUGGCGUGGGGCCGCUAAUCGUUGGGGUUCGGAAUUUCCUACACGUUAACGGAUACGAAUACGGACACUCAUAGUCGGUGGUUUAGUGCUGUCAAGGAAGGAUAACCAGGCGCCUCCAUGUCAGUGGAAUAAAUCUGUUUUUUUUUUAAUUUACACCAAUCAGUUGCAGCAAUAGUGUCCCGACAGGAUCAUAUAAUGUGCAGCAAACAGUGCGGAUGGUCCGUUCGUAAACGGACAUUUUAUUUUCCCACCCGCGCAAACACAUACACACGCACGAGUCCUGUUUGCUGAGUGCGUGCGUGAAAGAGAAGGAAGCACUUCCGUAGGAGAAUCGUAACAAAAAACCAAAGAAAAAAAAAACGUAACGGAGAAAGAAAACAAAUACGUGAAACAGUGUGCGCGCCCGUCAAGUUUUUUUCCCCCGUUCGGUCGGUCGGGAAAAAUCGGUCACGAAAGUUUUUCGGCAUUCAAUUGAUUUUCACUAUUAUCCUUCGAAAGGGGUUAUGUGAGGAAGGAAGGAAGGAAGGAAGAGGGAAGGGGAAGGGAGGGAAACGCGUGAGACGGGCAGGAUGACAGACAGAGCAGAAAGCAUCACCGUCGUCCUCUGUCUGUCGCUAAUGAAGGGUCCGGGUGUGUAAGGGAGGAAAAGCAGGACAGGAAAAACGAGGACCCCGUCUCUCCCCGUCUGUGUGUACGGGUGAAGUCAUCAUAAACAACUUUAUGAAGCGUAUGAAUUACAAAACGGUGACUACUGCAUCACAACUACACCGGUACACGGAGAACGGCCGUAAAGGGCAGACGGCCAAGGGUGGCGGCAAGAAAGCAAGUGCCGUGUUGUGUACUGGGACCGGGGUUUUUGGGUACCGAACAUCAUCAUCAUCAUCACCGCGGCGGGUGAAGGACUUUUAUCCUUCGUUUUGCGACAUACCAAUCCACCAUCGAAGACGUCGUCCGUGUUGAUUGUCGCCAAAAGAUUUUUCGCUUUUGUUUUGUUUUUUUUUUUCUUACUACUGCAUCGAAAAAAAGAAACAUUUCGAUUGGGGCCAACGACGGUUGAGGCUCCACCGGAAGACGAUGACAAUAUACCGACCAGCAACCGUACGUGUGCGUGACGAUUUCGUACGGCAGACAUCGAAGCGGAGGCCAACGAACGGCACUCCGAGGUGAGGUGUCAGUCGUUAAGUCGGUCAGUUGGAGAACAAACAAGAAAAACAGCAAGGUUAGCGGGGAUAGAGAUCAGGUCAGCACAGCCUAGCAAACACCAAUGAGUACACCGAAGAUUCGGGGAAAGUCCGGCAUUCACAUCAACGAUGGUAUCAUCGGUCCGAGUGCGUCCAGUGCGGCUGUCGGUGGAGUCGGUGGGCCCGCACACAACGCACUGCUCAAGAUCGAAUCCGUCGUGCCAAAGCUCACGACCCGCGGUGCUAACGGUCCGGGCACGAACAUUGUGCUGGCCUCCGGACAUUCCACUCGCUUGCGUACGUUUCAUCGCUCCCACAGUACGCUUAGCUCGUCGUACCUGCGAAAGGUUACUGCUGCCGCUGCGGCUGAUUAUAAUCGCCAGCAGCGAAUCCAUCCGGGCCCGGUCCGACCGGAACCGAUCUGCGAGCGAGGAAGUUAUGGACCGUCGCCACCACCGCCUGCAGCACCAUCACUCUCGCAAGCGCUGCUCGAUACCACCGGUCAGCAGCUGCUAGCGGGAUACGCAGAAACACCUCCCCUGGACAGUACGCUGAUCGUACAGAAUGGCGUUCCGAGCAUACGCCGAUCGCAGAAAGAUCGUGAGAAGCACCCGGAUCGGGUAAAUCUCGAUCGGAAAGGGCUCAGCUCUAUACCGCUCAUUGAGGACGAACCGAACCUGCGGCUACUCUCGCUACAGCACAACCUGAUCAACUCGUUCCACAUCCCACCGGAAGCUGAUCCGAACAACAACCUAAAUCACCAUGGUCCUCCUCCGAUCGCUGGUGGACAUUGUGUGAUUAACGGUGGUGAGCUUAAGCCUGCUACCGCACUCUACCCAUCAGCCAGCAGUCCACCAACGCCUACCAAACCUUCGCCUAGUGGCACACCAACUAAUGGGCCCAUGGGCGCCACUGGACCUUCGUCAUCGUCUUACGGAACUACCAAACCCUCCGCCAAACAGUUCCUGCGCCAGAAAUCAACGUCCCGCGGUCAACUGCUGAUGAGUACUAAUCUCGCUUCUCUCGGACCACCGGGAGUAUCCGGUACUGGCAAUGGACCGGUAACAGGAAGCUUCAUCCAAAGCAAGAUAACGAUCGGUACCAAACAGUCUGGUUCGCAAACCGCCUCAACACAACCACAGCAAACUCAUCCAUCCGCCUGUACCGGUCCAAUGUCCGGUGUAUCACCGCACCUCCAGAAAUCGUCUCCACACACAUCUUCCUCCACAGCGCCGAUCGCCAUUACGGCGCAUCAGAAAAGUUUGCUCAAAAAGUCCAACAGUUUCAUCGGUGGCCCUAGCAUGUUUCUAACCGGCGGUCCGAGCGGACAACCCACUGCUGUCGGUGCGUCUUCGAACGGGAUGCUGAAAAUGCGAGCUGGUAAGCUGCUGCUCGUACCAUCGUUCAGCAUCGAUAACCUCAGCAACAUUACCGAGCUACCUUCCGGCAGUCCGGCAGGUGAGCAAGAUUACUGUAACGGUCAGUCUAGCAGCAAUGGAAGUGCGACCAACAGUGGCAAAACAACGCCAACAAACAACGGACCAAUAACGCCCUCGGCGGAGAGUGUACUGCCAGCGAACUGCAGCACCUUCAUGACACGCUACAACCUAAGCAAUCUGGUGUUUCUCGAUCUGUACGACAACCAGAUCGAGAAGAUCUCCUGUCUGGAUGGGCUCAAGAGUUUGACGGUGCUGCUGCUCGGCAAAAACCGUAUCACCGACAUCGGGGGACUGGUAUCGCUCAAGAGCACACUGCGCGUGCUAGAUCUGCACGGUAACAAGAUUAGCAACAUUACGGGCAAGAUCAGCCAGCUGCAGGAGCUGAAGUCUCUCAACCUUGCCGGUAACGCACUGCGCCAGAUACAAACGCAAGAUUUUGCGGGUCUGUUCAGUCUGAAGGAGCUAAAUCUCAAGCGAAACCGCAUCAAGAAGAUAUUCGGAUUCGACGAUCUGCACAAUCUCGAGCGGCUCUGGCUGUGCCACAACGAUCUGCAGUGUGUUGAGGAUAUGUCGGCGAUCGCGAAAGCGAUCAACCUGAAGGAGGUAACGAUUGAAAACAAUCCCGUCUCGCUCGCUGGCGAUUGUGUUUCGUUUCUGGUAAGCUACCUGCCGGGACUGGUAUCGCUCAGCCAGAUGCAGAUUACCGAGCAGGUGCGCCGGGCUGCAUCGGCCUGGCGCAAAAACAAGGAACUCUCCGAUAGCAAAUACUCAAAUCUGUCGUCGGACGUGUGUCAAAGUAUGCGACGGGAGGAAAUCAUUUCCAAUGCACGCACUAACUGGGAGUUGCUCCGAUCGCAACAAUCGACCGUCAUUGCACGCGGUGCACAACGACUCACUGCCAAUGGGAUCAUCCCGAAAGAUGCCGACCUACUGCUAGAACCCAAUGCGACGAACAACGCACAACUAGCGGAGAAUGGUGGUCCGGUGACCGGUGCCGGUGUAGAGAAAUCGGCACGAAAGAGUAAUGGGACAGCGCAGGGUACCGUCACGGUUACACGACCACUUAGGUUGGCGAAUGGGAAGAAAACUACCAAUCGAAAGCCCUUGGUUCGGUCUUCCUCACAAGAUAAUUCCAGUUCGCAAGUGUCUGAACAGGGAGGCGAAGAAUACUUUCGGCUACCACCGAUUCUUGCACCAUUUCUGGAACAAACCACUACCAAGCCCGGUGAAGGCGAAGGGUCAGUUACAUCAGGUGUAGGUACACAUGCGGAUUCGAGCGUAUCCAGUGGCUUUAGCUCGGACAAUGAUGAGCAGCUUAAUCUCGAGAAGGAAAUGGAUAAACAGACAACGCUUGUAGCGUGCAGUUCAAACUCCACUCCGGAUAAAGAAUCCGACACCGAUCGGAUGGUGCCAGUAACGUCGGCAGCUUCAGAUAUGCCAGAAGAAGAUAGGAGCAGUGAUCUUGCCGUUUCCACAGAUCUUCCCGCACUGGAGGUAAUGACACCGCGUGUCGAUGAGGUGAAGCUCCCUUCGCCUACAGAUGAUCAACCACAGCCGGACACUAGUCAGACAACGGACGAAGCUAAUCUCGACAAAUUGUCCACCCUGUCGACGCUCUCGGCGAAAAGUGCCUCCGAGUCGGUUAUUACAAUCGCUUCCUCGAACUCCGAUUCCACCGGUUCCACAACGGACUCGGCUGGAAGUAGUUCGGCCGGUGGUGGGGGUGGUGGUGGCAGUGGCAGUGGAGGUAGUACGAGUGGUCACACCUCUUCCAUAGCCACCGAACGAGGACGAACGCACAAAACGAAGCUUAGCACUCCCAUUAAGCGGUAUGGCACUGGAACUCUCGCUCGGACGCAAACCGCACGCAACAACGCCCUCCCAUCCAACGGCGCCAGUUUGGCCAAUACGUCCAACCUGGCAAACGCCUCCAAUGCAGGCACACUUUCAGCAACCAGCGCGGCAGGUGCCGGUGGAGUGUAUGCAGGAAUACCCAGCAGCAAUUACGGCCCGCCCACCAUCAGUACCGGCACCGGCAAGUCGGGCAAAUCGGGCGAACGCGAACGUGAACAGGGUGGUGACUAUCUGAUCGAGAUCUGUGGCCGCUACCUGAACGUGUACGGGCUUGGUGCGCUCCGGUUCAUCGACAAGCAGUGGAACAUGCAGAAGGCGUGCGACGUCCAUACGGUGAAGUUUAGCUACAUCAACUUCAACAGCAUCACGGCCAUCCUCUGCCGGAUCAAGGUGCGGUUCGUGAAUGCGGAAAAUUUCAUCUUUCGCGAAACGAACAUUACCUGCCUCGGGCAGAUUAAUGCGCUGGCCGAAAGUCAAGGCAUCGCGUCACUGACGAUCGACCCGGAGGGCAACCCGUUGGCGUCGCGGUCUUGGCGCAGCUACGCCAUCUACCGGCUGUCACACUGGGGCCUGAAGCAGGUGAACGGGACCGAGGUGACGCCCGAGGAGGUGCAAACCGCCGAGGCCACGUACGCCGGCCUGUCCGAUCUGGUGCUGUGGUCCCUCCCGGAAGGGCUUCUGCAGCCGCUGUUGCAGCGGUUGCGGCUCGAGGAGACGGCACACGCCUCCAAGAUGACGGCCAAAGAGUGGCUGAUGCAGGCGGACCCAUCGCUCAAGAACAUCGUCGGCAAGGAGGCCCUACAGUGGAAGAAGCACAGCACCACCCAGGACGAUACGGUGAUGCGGGCCAAGGGCAAAGCGUACUUUGCCAAGAUGCUGGAAAACACCUGCAAUGCGGUGGAGAAGCUUCAGCGGCUCGAAACGAUGUGGCCGGUCCUGUUGCUGGAGAUGAUCCGCAACACGCUGAUCGACUACUCGCAGAUAGAUGUGUACGUGAAGGGCAUGCUGGUGGAGUUGCUGAAGUAAAGGUACUGAGCAAAGCUGACCGAAACGUACCCAGAAAGACACCAUGUGUUCAUGCGGACGGUCACGAGCAACCGUUAGCACCUUUUUAAGGUACCGCCUUAUGGAAGGACCAUCAGAAUGUCUCCUCACCAUGGCCAUGACAUUCGUACUAAUAUUAACAAGCCCGCGCGUUUACUAGUAAAUUGAUAACAGUUCAAGUGCAAUAGUAGCCUAGAAAGUGACACAUAUUUUACCUUACACUUCGAUUCCACCUUCCACUACAACUGCGACCCUUUUCGCUCAAGCUCCCAGUUUUGUAUCCCGCCAACGUAACAAUGCGAUAUUUAUUAAACGUCUUUUUGUGUAAAAUGCAAAUAAAGCACAUACCAAAUGCGGCCUCGUA